ACUACUUCUUCGGCUCCUUGUUCUUUCUCUCUUUCUCUCUCCAUCUCAAGCUAAGAAGUCUUGAAAUAUCUCGAGUGAUUCGCUAUAGCAUCGUGAGCUAUUCCGCUUUGAUCAGCUGUUUGAUCAUCUGGGUUUUCAAUUCCUUUGAAGAAAUCGACUUCGAUCUCAAUCUCAAUCUCUCUCGACAUUUCUAUAGCUUCUAGCUUCUGUUCCACCGUGUUUCAGAACCGAAUCACUGGUUUAUCUUCAAUCAUUGCUUGAUCAGGCUUUUCACCAUCUGGGUGUGGUUUAUCCGACUUCAAUCGCUGUUCUCCGGUGUGAUCACGUGAUUUGAAGGUGAUCGUGAUAAAAACAGCUGAAUCGGUGGCUCGAUCGAUUGAUUCAACUGAAGCGAUUCAUAAAUGGGGGAUCUAAGCGAUAAGGGUUCCGAGUGUGAUGAUAUGAUGAACUGCAAAAGCAGCCCAGAAAGAGGCGGAUCAUCUUCAUCCGACGGUGGUAGUCAUCUGAUCAAAACCUGUGCCGAUUGUGGGACCACCAAAACGCCUCUCUGGAGAGGUGGCCCAGCUGGUCCUAAGUCUUUAUGCAAUGCUUGUGGGAUCAGAAGCAGAAAGAAAAGAAGAGCACUUUUGGGUAUGCCAAAAGAAGAGAAAAAACCAAAGAAAACCACCAUGGCUGCCACGUCAGCUAGCGGAGAUAGUCAAACUAGCGGUUUGACCACCAGUAAAGGCAGUAACAUGGGUGGUGAUUUUUGUUUGAAGAAAAGAUUAAUGGCGCUUGGUUCAGAAGUGGUGUUACAGAGGCCAAGAUCGAGAGUGACAAAACAAAGGAGGAAGAUCGGUGAAGAAGAACAAGCUGCAAUUUUGUUGAUGGCUUUAUCUUGUGGUUCUGUUUUUGCUUGAUUAAUUUAAUAUUAAUAAAUUGAAAACAAAAACAGGGUUUGUUUUUGUAGAGUUAGGGUUUUACUUUUAAUGUUUGGGUAAUCAAGAAUCGAAUGAUGGAAGAAAUCAAGAAGAGUGAAUGAAAUGUG